AUGUCGAGUCAUUAUGAUGUUACAUUGCAAAAAUGGAUUAGAGCUAUUGCAGGUGCUGGUAGGAUUUUGCUGAAAGAACAUAGGGGAUGCUUUGCUUCUUUACUCAAGGCUGUUUCUUCCCUUUUACAAGUGGCAGUAGCUUUUACAAGUCGUUCUCCACGAAAAGUGCUUUCAUACGAUGCAGAGGUGAAAAUGACGCCACUGACUCUGCUUUGUCCUCUUUCCAUCUCCUCUUCAUCUCCUUCACGUUCUUACCUGCCGUCCAAACCUCUCGUCCAGAACCCUAGCUUUUGUUUCUCAUGCUCCUCUCUCCAAUCAGAGCAGGUAACAGCCGGAGUUACAGGUACAAGAUCCGAAUACAAGCCAGGUGUAUUUGAUGAUUUGUUCCUUAGUCUGUUUCGAAACAAAAUGGUCAAGGAGGUGGGAUGGGAUUCUGAUAAGCCUGGAUAUGAUGGAUUAAUAGAAGUUGCAAAUCGGCUCAUGUCGUCUGGCAGAACUAAUUCUGAUACCAGGGAUACAGCCGUUCGAAUAUUAAGGUCGCUGUUUCCUCAAUUUCUGUUAGAUCUAUAUAAAUUGUUCAUCUCUCCUUUAGGAGGAGGGAAAGUAGCUGCCCUGAUGAUUGCGAGGGUGACUGCACUCACGUGUCAAUGGCUCAUGGGCAUAUGCACGGUGAACUCUGUCGAUCUUCCUGAUGGAACCUCAUGUGAAAGUGGAGUUUUUGUAGAGAGAUGCAAGUAUUUAGAAGAAAGCAAAUGCGUAGGCAUAUGUGUUAAUACAUGUAAACUUCCAACACAAACUUUCUUCAAGGAUUACAUGGGAGUCCCCUUACUGAUGGAGCCAAACUUCACAGAUUAUAGUUGUCAGUUUAAAUUUGGGGUUCUUCCUCCACAACCUGAAGAUGAUAUCACGCUCAAGGAGCCUUGCCUUGAAGUUUGUCCGAUGGCAUCUCGAAGGCAGCAAGUUGCUCGAAGCACAGAUGUAGGGCAGUGGCCAAAGGCAUAAUUAAAAAAAAGGAAGUUACUUGAUAAUUAAUCAAUAACUCAUUAAAUAUCUCUUGAUAAUUACAUCUACUUGAUUCAGGUUGCAUACAGCACAUUACAGAAAUGCAUCUACAGUAAUAUAACUAAUCUGUCAUUUCCACCCUC